AUGCCUCAUACAUCACGUCCUAAAUGUGUUGAUUGUGAACGAGGCCUCGAUUCAAAUCAACUUCGUGAAGUUGGUGCUGGACUUUUGCGCUUGUUUUUGGCUGUAAGAUUGUCGAAGCGUAUUCGUUGUGAUGAUAUGAUUUG